GAGCGAGUAGGGUCUGGAGGAGACCGGCACAACGAUUCGCGCAGUCGGAAUGAGAGAGGGGGAUAUGGUGUCUCAUCAGAACCAUAUCCAAAGUCGCCUGACCCCAACGCGGCCAGGAAUUCGAUGUCUAGAGGCGCAGACGACAGGGCAUCUACUCCCAGGAACUCAUGCGUCUACUGUAGAGGAGAAGAUCAUAUCAAGAGGGAUUGCCCGGGCAAUAGAUGAGGGGUUUGUCGUGCUUGACGACCGCAAGUACGUCAAGUGGGCAGAUGAUCUGGGAGAUGUAUCAAUGUUUCCUUCGAUGAAGGAGAACGUCGAAGCAAGGAGAAUAAAGACGAGUAAAGGAAUGGAGCCGGUCAGGAGCCAGAGCAUCAAGAUAAUCUUUGAGGGGGAUAUCGCGACCACACCCAUAAGUGUGGCAGCCACCAAGUCAGCAAGAGGGUCUACAUCGAAGAAGACUGACACGGAUUAUGUGAUGACGGAGAAGGACGGGCAGCGGAUCGAUGGAGAGGAGGUUAUCCUUUCGCCACGAAAGAGGGGAGUGAAGAAGUUCUUAAUGAAGAGUUCGUUGGACGAGAUUGACACGGUUGAGCCACUGAGGCGAGCUCUUCGGCAACCAAUGCAGUGCUCUAUUCUGGAGUACCUGGCGGCAUCGAAGCCGGUCCGUGAUGAAUUACAGAUGAUCACGCGGAAGACUCGCAUACCUCUAUCAGAGGAGGGUCUGGGAACCCCUAAAGCGGAGGCUUCUACAGUAGCGGUAACGGGGGUGACAACCAGAGCGGAUCGCAUGGCGACAGCCCUUCUCGAUGGGAUGGAAGGCGUGCCUCCAGACAAGUUUUAUAUACUUGGUAGCGGGGCUGUAGAGACGAUUAUAAACGAUGGAGCGGUACUUGAUGCUGUGAUUGAUAACGGCAGUGAGGCUGUCAUCAUCGACGAGGACCUGGCGGUACAAGUUGGACUGGGCCUCGAUGGGUCAUACCUAUUCGAGAUAGAGACGGCUGAUGGGAAAAAGCAACAGAUCACUGGGGUUUGUCACAAGGCAGCCAUAGAGGUCCAAGGGGUACGAGUGACCUUGCCUGUCUUUGCAGUCAAGAACUGCAGCUCCGACCUGCUCUUGGGUCGAACGUGGCUGAGCCACAUGCAUGCGGUGACGAUAGAGCGACCUGAUGGGAGCCAAACAUUGUCCAUUAAGAAGUCAGACGGGACGCGGGUAAUGAUUGAGACAGUGGAGCCUCGGGACCCGAGGAACAGAGCAGCUCUCACUGUGGGUGCAAGACCCAGUGAUCAGAUUAAGUCUAUACCCAUCUCUGGCCGCGCGGUGCGAUUUCGCGAGAAGAGAUAUGGACUACUGCUCACAGAGGAAGAAGGUAGGAUGGUGGAGGUAGAAGACUUAGGGAGUCGGCUAAUAGUGGACGGCAACUCGUACCCGAAGGAAAAAGAUGAGGAAUUUGGCGGUGUGGUAUCCGUGUCUUUUUUAAGGGCACGGCCCCCUAUGGGGGGCUACCCAAGCGACACAACCGAGUAGCUCAAAAAGUUAAGCCAGCGGUGGUGGGCCGCGAGCGAUCGGCACUGGAAGGGGUAUCAGAAGAAGAGAUCGCGAAAGAAAUCAAAGAAAGAAAGAAAAACGAGCCGCAACGCCUAACGGAAGAGAGGAUAGCAGGGAUGGACAUCGGAGAUGGAAAUUUGACCCCACAGGAGCGAGAACGUGUGAUAGAAAUCCUGAGGACAUGUGAUAAGGCCAUUGCUUUCAGCGACGCGGAGCGCGGUAGGAUUGACCCUCGAUACGCUAAGCCAACUAG